CGACGUGUCGCGCCCCAGAAGCUCUCAACCCACACCAGACCAUCCCCUCAUGACAACGACCUCACGGGAAUUGGUAUAUCUUAAUUACUUUAUUUUUGGCAUAUUCAUUGAAUUCCGCCGCAAUGGCAGACCCAAGACUCACGCCGACGCCCAUAGCUACGACCCUUGGCGUUGUCAUUAGCUACUAUGAUUCAUUAGUAACUUUGCUCCUUUUGCCUGGAAAUUUAGGUGUUGUUUUCCCUGCUGCUCCUCUCAGCGGUGUGAAGACGGACGGCCCGAAGACUAUAGCCCCGCUUCGCACAGACAUCUGGAACGGGGAGAACGUGUCGAUUUUUUCCAACGAGUUUUACGCCCAAAUCGGAUCGGCCACGCGUAACAUCCUCGGAGACAACAUAGCACAAACGCCAGUUCCAACUACCUUCCCCUUAGAAUUAUCGACCAACAUCCCAACUCCUUCGCAGACCGCUCUAGCUCCCUCGUCUGCACAGACAAGUCUCGUCCCUACAAACUCAGCUCCACCUACAUCGAAUUCGCCUUCAAGAAAAGGCACGAAUAUUUCCUCAGCUAGCACUGCUGGAAUAGCUGUGGGAUGUCUCAUUGCGGGCGCUCUUCUUGCAGGGUUAUUUCUUUGGUUUUGUAUGGGACACUAUCGAAACCAUCGGAAAGCCCGAGAUCAAGAAGCAAGUACUGUCGCCUUCUUAUCUCGUGAGAAUAGGGCUACCGUGAAAAAGAAAUCCUUCGAAAGCGGUAGUCCUAUCUCGCAAACUGUGGUGGAAAGUCUUCCCCAACCAAUGGAGGACAAAGCUAUCUCUGGGGAGAUUUCCAAAAUUAGCAGCCUCGUCAAGAACCAUGUCCAAAGUUUCUACCACAAUAGUCGAGUGAGUCCUGGACUUCUGGACUUAGAUGAUCUCCAAGCUCUUGCAACGAAUUUAGCGAUGUCACCUGGGACCUUGAGCACCUUGCUUGGAAAUUCGGACACGCGCGAGAUUGCUCUGAGAUUUUGCAUUGCAUGGGUGUUUGUUUCCCGAAUGCAGCUGCACAGCGACCCCAAUAUCACAUUUCUACCUCCGGACAUUGCGAAACUCUUGAAAGCAAUGCCCGUUAGUAAACAUGGACCCCAAGCUCAUGCCUUGUUUCUAUCGAAGUGGCGAGCGAUGACUGCAAAGAUUCUGCAGCCCAGCCUUACCGAAAGUUCAUUCUCUUCAUCCGACCCUCGCAAUCACAACAUCCAGGCAGCGUUGGAGGUCUUGGACAGAAUUCUCCAGCCGUACUGUGACUCACGCGUAGACAAUAAUCAGCGACGCUGCAACUUGGAAGAAAUUUUGAAGAGAGCUGCUUCCUUCGCUUUCACGCUUUUUUCGCAGCCAGGAUCUUGGGACUUUGACUGGCAAGAUGAAGAAAGUGUUAAAUCUGGUAGUCUUUGCAUAUUUCCCGCUCUUGUUCAGGUAGAAAACGAAUCCGGUGAACUGCUCAAGCCUCCCCGACAGUUUAGUGAGGCUGUGGUUAGAUGCCUGGAUGGAUGAUGCUUAGUUCCUUGCGUCAUGUUC